GUCAGUAGUGCCAUUUCCGGCGUCAUUCGCUCCGCUGGCUGCGGACCGGCCCAUGCUCUCUGGCUCCGGUACCUGCACUUGGGUCGCGAUAAAGACGGUGGGAUGAAGGCGAGAUCCUGAAGGGCCAGUGAAGGCUAUGUUCAUCCUACUCAUCCCACGCAGUCGUGCCUCGUCGAACAGCCUCCAGUGCCUAACAGUCUGCCCGGCUGAGCGCCGGUUUAGCAGCCCAGUCAGCGCCAUCGUCCCAGCCGGCCAUGCUGGUAUGGUCGACCCCGGAAGAUCGUGCGCGCCGCUCUGCGCGGUGGCUUUCUGGUCGCCGCCAAUCCAUACAUCACCGAUCAAGUUGCUCCGCAUGCAUGUAUUGCAGAGCAUCGCGCUCGGUUGCCCUCGCUGUGCCUUCUGCCGCAGGACGCAUGAUAGGCCCGCGCCCUCGACACACAUGAAGCAGCUUCCCAGUGCUUGUCUCUACGCCAGACGACACGACCGACGGUGCUAUAGUGUUCCAAUCUCUGACGACUAUGUUGUAGACGAAUUGACUACGAUAGGCCCGUCGUUGCACCAUCGGGACUCGCUGACAGACCAACCAAAGCGCAUCCCUUGUACUGGCAAAGUCAGCAGGAUCACACUUGUCACAGCUUGGUCAACACACGCCGGAAUCAGCCAGCGCGAUGCAACGAGUAAACCGCGAAACACCGUCGAAGUGGGGAAGGUCCAAGGCGAACCUCGAACGAUGCGGGGACGGACGAGGCAUGCUGCCGUCGCAGCGAAGACGGCUGAGUGAUCGCGCCGUCGCACACGUACCUUGCGCUGUAACCCAAAGGUAAACAAUAUGCAAACUCGACCAGGACCGCGGGAUCGUCUAUGCGCGGGGCUUGCUACGGCACGCGCGUCCGACGGUAUCUUGGAACCUGCCCAAGGUUGCCUGGAGAACCGCGCAGAUGCUGCACCGCUGUCAGACUGCGCCUUUCCCCCUGCCGCGCGUUGGCUCGCGCCGCAGACGGCACAGAGAGGGCG